AUACUGAAAUUUAAUGGUCAAAUAAAAUAUGUUGUUCAAAAUAAUAUACGGUUUUUAAACCGUAUUAUACCGUAUUAUACAAAAGCGGUUAAAAACAAUCUCACACCCUAUAAGUGACCGUUUUCUUGCCAAGGAAAUUAGCGGUACGAUACCCAAACUGUCCCUACAUCUCCCUACGGUACUCCCCUGAAAACCUGAAUCACUCUAUGAGCACAAGACCCUUCUGGAAAUCGGGGUAUAAGGGCGUGGAGGGAGGGGCAAUUCGAAUCCGACCCUUGCACCCCCCAGCCACUAUUAUAGCUGUUUUAUGAAUUUCAAGAGAAAAAGUUGACCAUCAUGAUAUCAGAAACCCCCCAUUGGUCCCCUCACAUCUUGAAACAUGUUUGAUCACUCGUACUUCUUCCGCUACGAGCUUUCAACUUCCCCUCUUUGUUUUUCAUCCGGUGAAUAUGAUUUGGUAAAUAUAUACUGCCAUGGGUUAUUAUCCUCUUCCAACUCGGAGCAAGGAUCACACAAACUCACCACGAACGAAACUUCUAUCAGGCGAACUAGAAACCCCGCUUGCUCCAUCCAUAUUCUCAGAACAGAAUCCUACAACAGGAAUCAAAACGACCUAAAUACUUCUUACCAAUCGUUAAAAUGCCUACCCUGGCUCUUCGUCCUAAGCCCGAACCGGAAGAACAGGAAUCUUCUUCGGUCGCUGCGUUAUGUUUACCUGAGCCCCCAACUACCCCUCAUCGUGUCUGCGCCCUUCGCCCUGCCAGCCCUCAAGCUAGCCGCCACACUAUUGGUCAUGCUGGUAGUAACCAUAGCGCAGCAGCUCCCACGUCAGGCACUGUAAUCUUGCCUUACAGGCUUCGCAAUUCCGGCGUUCGCAGUCGAAUCUCAACCAUUCUCGCCCCAGCUUGGCCCGGGACCCAUCCUAGCCUUGCGUCUUCACCAUCCUCUUCUUCCGUCACCACCAAUCCCGCCCCCUCCCUGCCCAGCUCGCCCCUGGCCGGCCACGCAUUGUCCAGUGGCAUGGCUUCCUCCUCUCCUACCCGCAUACCAAAGCCUAGGGUGACCCACCCCCACAAACAGGCCAGGAGACUUAUAAGAUCUGUCCGCCGUAUGCAUGCUCAGAUUUGCGUGGCAAGGUUGUCUGUCCUGGAUGAGAGUGUCCGUAGGGGGGUUUCCGCUUUGAAGAGGGAAGUGAUGGGAUUCUUGAAUACCGCCCAGGAGACCUAUUUUUACUUGAGGCCUACUGACGAUGGCUGGAUUUUUGAUGCGGAUUUUUCCCGGAUGGCCUUGGCUACUGGGAAGUGGUUUAAGCAUUGGAGGGGGGUUAGGAAGGAACUCGAGAGUCGGGAGAAGAGAAGGGGGAGGUGUAUUGAGAGCCGGGAGGAAGGUGACCAUGGGGAUGAAUAAGGCGUCUCCAAUGGAUAUUUUUUGGAUUUUCUCUCUUUUUGGGGGAGUGAGGAUUUCAGUUGCUGCAUUGUCUGCCAUCGGUUGGGUGACAAACUAACCUGCGGGCUUCCUAUGUGCCCCGUAUCUUAAAUUUUUGCUCUCUUGAUUUGGUUGGUCUAGUUAGAUUUCCGUGGGGCAGAGGCCCUCGGUUCCUAUAAUAAAUUUUUUUUCCCCCUCU